AUGUUGUUCAUCUCGCUGCCUCGAGUGGCUUUUUUUGCUCUCCUCCUGUCGUCCGUGCUGGCGCUCCAGCUGCCAGACCUGUUCUCGCGCCAGGAACCCGGUUCCCCCAACUACAACUGCCAUGAGGAUUGUGGCCUAAUCACCGCAUAUUGGCACAAAGGCGGCGACUAUUGUGACACCGCAGAUUUCAAAACCCGCCUUUCGAACUGUCUGAAGUGUGCCUUGACUCAGGAUGUUUGGAAGUAUUACGGCGAAGAUGUCAAAAAUGCCGCCAACGAAUGUCAUGUCGAUGCCACCCCCAGUCCCUCUUCCGCCCAGGGGCCGUCGCCAGCCACUGCAUCUGUGACCGGCUCUGGAGAAAGCUCUUCCUCCACUGGUGAGGCUUCGACUGCGAAGAUGGAGACUUCUGCCAUCACCACGUCCGCUACCGAACAAAGCUCUUCCUCGGUUUCUGGAUCCAUUUCGAAGACUUCCGAGUCGGAAACUGGCAAGACUGGUACAACUACAGCCACUGCUGGUGAAAGCUCCUCGGCCAAGACAACUGCUGAGCAUACUUCGACCAUCGCGACUGCCUCGGGCACUCCCAAUCUUUCGACAUCUGUGACUGCUUCAGUCACUUCGCAUGUCUCGAGUUCCGCCAAGGGAACUUCUCCAACAACCUCUUCUAGUGCAUCGCCUGUGUUCAAUGCCGCAGCGCCCAUCCAGCAAAACGCCGUUCUCGCGGCGCUUAUGGGUGUUCUGGCAUGGGCAUUCGCCGCAUGA